AUGUCAGAAAGUAAAAAAAGAUCGUUCAAUGAAGUUGAAAUUGAAAAAGUUCAAGACCAACCUUCAGUAGCUAUUGCUAGUUUUUUUAAAGAUUUUAGAGCUCCAACUGAAACUACUUUUAAUUUAUAUAAAAAUAAAAAAAACAAUGAAUAUUUAUUACAUGGAGAAAAUGAAAGAUUAGAAUAUGAUGGUACCACUGAUUCUAAUUCAAUCGGUUCUAAUCAAUAUUUGGUGGGUGUUUUUAAUUCUGAAAAAAAUAAAAUUGAAUUAUACAAAGCUCCAGUCAUUAUUUCUAAAGUUAGUUCCAAAUCAAAGAAGCACUUGGCAGGUCCAAAGAUCAAAAGUCAAAGUAAUGAAAGAGUUUCUACAUUGAGAAAUGCAUUAGGUCAAGCUUUUGGUACCAAAAAGGCUAAGAAGGCUAUUUCUGAUUUAGAAAGAAAUCGUAUUGAUGCUGAUAAAUUAGCUGAUUCUGCCGUUGAUAUUGUUGGCACAGUUAAAGCUGCUUCAAAAGAUUUACCAACAAGAGCAGAAUUAGAAGAAUCUGGAUCAGCUUAUAGACCAACUCCAUUGGCUAAUUUGGAUGCUACUGACGUGGAACAAAUUUAUCCAAUUCAUAAUAUAAUACCCAAGAGAGAAUGGAAUUUUAUUCGUGCUGGCCCAAUCCUAAAAGAACAGGACCCAGAAAAGAAAUUGGAAUUAUUACCAUACACCGACUCCAAAUAUUUGGCUAAAAAAUUAUCUAUAUUUCAAGAACCUUCUCAAUUACCUAAAUUACAACUAUUAUACUAUUUAUCAUUGUUAAUGGGUAUCAAUGCAAAUAAAAGAAUUAAUAAUAAAACCAAGUUAUUAGAAAAAUUAAAUUCACCACCAGAAGUUUUAGUUGAUGGUAUUUUAGACAGAUUCACUAUCUCAAGAUCGAGUCUGACGGGUAGAAAGAAGGAUCAAUCUUAUUUUAUUGAUCCACAGAAUGAAGAUAAAUUAUUAUGUUACAUUUUAGUUAUAAUUUUACAUUUAGAUAACUUUUUGGUAGAAGUUUCUCCACUAGCUCAAGAAUUAAAUUUAAAACCUUCGAAGUUAGCCACUUUAUUCAGAACAAUUGGUGCUAUUGUGAAAGGUUGUACUGUUACUCAAGCCGAAGUUUUUGGUAUUCCAAAGAGUUCUGCUGCUUCAUACAAAGUUGCUACUUUGAAAGUACCAUUUAAAUUACCAGAAUUGACUAAAAGAAGUAAGGGUCCAAGACGUUAA